AGACCGCAUGCGCAGUCGCUAGAGGUUUCCGGUACGGGUGAGUGCUGCCACGGGCUGAUGGCUGGGACGGCGUGUGUCGUGGGGCCGUCAGCAACUGUGCUGCUCUGUCUCCUGGUCGUGAUGUCCCCGCGCUGUGCAGGCCAGACUGAUCUGAAGAGUCCUCAGGAUAUUCAGGUUUAUGCUGUAAAUACAAAUUUCACCCUGAGGUGGAACUACACUGGGGAUGGUACCAAUGUGACGUUUUCAGCACAAUACCAGUACUUUGAUGAUGUUCAGACAGAUAAACCAGAAUGGAGGGAAUUAUCUGGUUGUCAGAAUGUCAGUCACACGGAAUGUGACUUUUCUUCAGCAAUAACUGCAUACUACGAUGUGCAUCACAUGCGCAUAAGGGCUGAAAGAAGGGAAGACAAGUCUCCAUGGUCUAGCAUUUUUGAAAUGAUUCCAUAUGAAAUAGCUCAGAUUGGUCCCCCUGAAGUAGCGUUGCAGUCCAUAAAUGGAGCCAUUAAAAUUAAGGUUUCUCCUCCAGAAGCAAAUCAGGUCCGAAAAAUGUGGCUAAAUCCUCUGCUUUUUAAAUAUAAUGUAGUUAUCUGGGAAAAUUCAUCCAAUGUAGAAAAGGUCAGAAAUCAGAAGAUUUUACCUAUGGAUGUAAUAGAUGGUCUUGCUCCAGAGACUACCUAUUGUUUGAAAGUUCAAGCAAUUAUUCUUCUGGACUAUCAAGAAGGCCUGUUCAGUCCGAUCCAUUGCAUAAAAACCACCCAUGAAGUAAAUGACCUUCUUUGUCCAACGAAUGUGAGAGCUUUUGCUUUGAACAUGCAAUUCUAUCUGCUUUGGGAUAAUCACUAUAAAGAACAUGUGAACUAUACCGUACAGUAUCUCACUGGGUACCUAAAGAGCCUUUAUGAUGAUUAUUCCUCGAAGUGGCGGAAGGUAUCAGGAUGUGAGAACAUCACUGACAUGAAAUGCAAUUUGUCGUCUGUCAUCAAGCCUACUUCGGGAUCUCAUUACUUCCGUGUGCAGGCCACGAAUGAAUAUAAUAAAUCAUGUUUGUCUAAAGAUAUAAGAGUAGAUCCUCUGGUAACGAAUGAAAUUGGCCCUCCUGAUAUAAAGGUGGACAUCAGUGAUGUUUUGCUCCAUGUCAAGAUUAUUCCUCCAGGAGGACCUGAGAGUGAAAUCAUGAGUGACCUUUACGAUUUAUCUUACCAGAUUCUGUAUUGGAAGAAUUCAUCAGAUAACGAGGAGGAAGUAAAAAUGAAAGAAACAAAACAGACAAUAGCGACAGUCUCAGAUCUGACACCCUCAACUUUGUACUGUGUGAAAGUACAAGCGUUCUCAGUAGCUUACAACAAAAGCAGUGAUUUCAGCAAAGAGGAAUGCAUUGGAACACCUGGAGGUAAAAGCUUACCUCUGAUCAUUUUAGCAACAUUUGUAGCUGCGCUGAUUGUUGUCUUGAUUGUGGCAUUGCUGGUUAUUUUUUUCCUGUAUCAAGCCUACAAUAAAAUCAAGUACAUGUUCUUUCCUUCAUGCCGGACUCCUCUGAACAUAGAGGGCUUUGGAGGACAGCUCUUUAGCAGUCCAUUUGUGCCUGCUGCGGAAGAACCAGUAGAAAUUUGUUACAUAAUUGAAAGUAGCAUCGCAGAAGAAGUAAAUCAGAAUGAUUUUAAAGGCUGCAGACAUUUCAAACAGAGCAGUCAAGAUUCAGGGAAUUACUCUUACGAUGAUAAUACCUCACAGAGCAAAGGAUCAGAAGAAGCACUAGGAAAGGACAUACUAUAACUUCUAUGAAAAUGAAAUUCAAAGAUGGGACUUGUAGUAUCAUAAACACUUGAACUUUUUUUAGUUAUGAAAGUCUUUGGCCUAAUGAAGACUGUAUGACUUUGGGAUCCUUGUUCUGAAGUUUUCAAAUCUGCACUUUGUUACUGGAAAAUUAAAUACCUUCUCUGCUGCCAGCUGACUGCAGUUAAAGCACGACGGAGUUCUGGUAGCUUACACCAUUUUGACUGAAUAGUCAUCUGAUGAUAAAAGGAAUACUAUCCAAAUACAGAGAAGAGAUCUGUAUGCUUCGUAUACUUGAAGCUAUAACCUUGAUGAAAGCCUACUGUGUUGCACAAGAAGGAUUUCUCUCUUACAGGUUUAUUUUGUGUGCCAAUGUGUACUUUGACAGAGUCCUUAGAUCAUCUUUAUGCAGGCAAAAGAAAAUUGAUGCCAAAUACCAUUUCAAAUACUUCUCUGGCAUCUUCCAGCUGCUUGGAGACAGUGUUUUUUGAGUCAGUAAGUCCAGAGCAAAGUAUGCUCUGGAAAGUAUCCAGAGCAAAGAAGACAACAGCCUCAACGAGGCAAAUCCUCUGAGCAUCCCUUUAAAAUUCCUUAUAGCCAUGGCUGCCAGGUGCUCCCAGUGCCCACUUCCAUGUGUGUGAAGCUGUGUAUUGGGGUGCUCUUCUCCCAUAGCACUGGUUAAAGUGGGCAAGUACCAAGUGGGGAGAAGGCACUCCACUGUGGAAAAUAAAA